GAGAGAGAGAGAGAGAGAGAGAGAGAAUCCUCAGUUUGGGUUUUUGUUUAUAUAGUGGUAUUUGUGUGUGUGAAUCCUUUGUUUGGGUUCUGCUUUUAUAGAGGUAUUUGAGAGGGAGAGAGAGGAUGUUGGAAGGAAAAGCUCGAAUAGAAGAUACAGACAUGCCAGUGAAGAUGCAGCUCCAUGCAAUGACCUCUGCCUCUCAAGCUCUCGACCUCUACGACGUCUCUGAUUGUAAAAGCAUUGCUGCCCAUAUAAAAAAGGAAUUCGACAAUAUCUAUGGUUGUGGAUGGCAAUGCGUGGUUGGCUCGAAUUUCGGUUGCUUCUUCACCCAUUCCAAGGGAACUUUCAUUUAUUUUUGUCUGGAGACCCUUAAUUUCCUCAUCUUCAAGGGGGCCUCUGGCUAAUUUUAAAAUUAUACUCCUUCUCCAUCACUCCUUUCUCUUUAAAAUCUCUUCUUUUUUUCUUUUUCGUUCUGGAAUUGGGUUUGCUAGACUGGACAUACAAGACCCAAUAGUCCAAAUACCCGGUUUGGCUAUUUUUGGAGAUUCUCACAUGGGUCUUUGGAUUUUUAUAUUCUCAAUCAAUAUACACUGUAGAAAUCUCUGUAAUGCUUCAAUGAAUUCUUAGUUUUAA